AUGACAUCAGUAGGGCCAUACCAUAGCAGCCAUCCGCACAUCCGCUCCACGGUCCAAAUCCAACAUCUAACAGAGAAGAGCGAUCAACCAACUUGUAAUGCGUAUCACGCCCUCCUGGUGCGGAUGUGGACAUCAAAUGAUCAAUACGACCCUCCACGAAGCAUGCAUCCGCAUUAA